AUGGCUACUCGAGCUCUGCGUGCACGCUCCUAUGAGUUCCGCAGCUCCACUAUCACCAAGUCAGACACUAUUAAAGUCCCUGAUGACUUGAAAGACUUUCAAGUUUAUCCAGUCAUCUUGACUGUAGCCGAGUCUGGAUCUACUAGUGCAACCGGAACGGCGACUGGAACUGCGACUGAUACUACUGGUUCUUCGACUAAGUCGACCAGUCAGGGCGCGUCAAACUCCCAGGAUACUAGUACUAAUGCUACUGCUACUGUUACGAAGUCAGGCAAUAUUACAGUCAAAACAACUGCACCGGUGUUGGUUCUGUGUGGUAUUCUUGCGGGUGCUGUGCUUCUAAAUUAA